UCCUCUCGCCAAUGGCAGCCGCGUCAGGAAUCGCCGGUACGUUCUCCGUCCGCCCCACGGCGCCGGCGGGCCGGCUAUGCUCGUGCGCCGCCGCGGCCGGCGAGGCGAGGUCCCGCGGCGCCGACGGGGGCGGGGGCGGGGCCGGGAAGUGGUGGGCGCCGCUCCUGGGGUGGUCGGGCCAGGCCGACUACAUCGACGCCCAGCCGGCGCCGGCGCUGGAGGAGGACCGCGACCGGGCUGCGGGGAUGAGGCGGUUCGGGGUGCUGACGGAGGAGAAGGCGCGGCAGCUGCGGCUGCGGAUGAUGGAGACGGAGAGCUUCCACGACGUCAUGUACCACUCCGCCAUCGCGUCCCGCCUCGCCUCCGCCCCGCCCGACACCGCCCGCCGCACCAAGCCGUAGCCUGGCCACGCACGCACGCGCGCGCUCCCUUGCCGUACGUGGCCGCCGUUCGAGGUGCAGCUCAGCUCACCGUCCGGCGGGAAGCCAUGCACGCGCAGCUGUGUGUUUGUAUAUAAAUAGCAGAAGCUUUUGUUCGUUCGUUCUAGACCGCGGCCAUGUUCUCCUCCUGGAUUGGGAUGGACUGAUCAAAGAAAAGGAAAAAAAAAACAUAAGUCCUGUAGCAACACUUGCAACCAAGAAUGUUGUGAGAAUAACAAUAAUAUGGUAUGGUAUGUACCGCCAUUGACGUUUCU